ACUCUGUACGCUUUUGUGUGUAAUCUGUCAAUAACUAUUUCUUCACAAAUCGAUCAGUUAUGAGUUUCUAAAAAUAUAAAAAGCUUACGAAGAUAUUCGAUCAAUUUAAUUCAUUAAACCAAAAUGUAUUAUCAUUACACAAAUGGAAGCGGCGCCAAAGCAAUCAGUCAGUCAGGUAAUAUUCAACCGAGUGGAGAAUCUGGAUCGUUCGGCCCUGGGGUGUAUCUUACUGAUCUCGAUCCCAAUGAUUUCUUUCGCGAUGAGAUUCUGCGAAACAAUUAUGGUGUAAUACGAUCAAAUUUUCGUAAUCGCGCCGAUUGGGUAGUCGCUGUGUUUGAAAAAAACAUUAACAAGCAACUGUUGAGCAGAGUUCAUGUUCCUGGUGAUCGACGGAUUUUUGUGUACCCAACUUCUAUUCCGGUUACUGCGAGCCAAAUUUACGACAAGCCAAGAUGUUUUAAGGCUUUCACUGAUUGUGAAGCAGAUACUUUCAGCAGCGAUGGGGAUCACGACUCCGACAGUACAGAUGAUGGAAGCGUUGAGUUUGAUACGGAUGACGUACUCAGUGAUUCCGAUGAAAUCGCGUACAGCGGUGAAGAUGAAGAAAUUGAGGAGAUCGAUGAGCAUCAAACCGAUGAUGACACUUUUUCUAACGCAAGUGCAGAGGAACGAAAUGGAUAUUCCGAGUAUGACUCGAAUGGAUGUGAAGGCACAAGUGCAGAAGAAGAAAGUUAUGAAAAUGCAAGUGGAGAGGAAGACAGUUAUGAAGAUCCAAGUGGAGUGGACGAAAGCCAAUGUUAUUCGGAAGUAGCUGAGCAAUCUGUAAGUGAUGGUAGCGAAGACGACUGUGAUGGUAGUGAAGACUACUGUGAUGGUAGCGAAGAAGACUGUGGGGGUAGCGAAGAAGACUGUAAUGUAGACGAGUACGAGGAUGACUGCGAGUAUGACAACAGUUAUGGAUACGACGAUGAUGCGAGUUAUUGUUAUAAUGAAAGUGAUGAUGAUUCUUACUGAAGCUGAGCUGGCUAAUGAGGAUGUCAAUUUAUAGUCGUUUAAAUGAGUAAACAGGCUUUGUCUUCGUUAUCGAUUAUCGAAGGAUAAGAAUGAUGUCCUGCGUAUGACCUCCAAUAACUUUGUUAAAUAAAUAAUAUUGAAGCCGUUAA